AUGGCGACGGUCGAAGAAACGAAAGAGAUGUUGAGGAAGGCGGAGAAGGAGUACGGAGAAGUGAAGGCAGCAUUGGAGAAGUUUGAGCAAGACGAGGAGGGUGAGCAGUGGCUCACGAAGCUGAGGAGAAAGAUGAGGACAGGGAGGCUCGACGACGAGGAGAAACAGGAGAAAGCAAGGUUGGAGGAACAGCAGAAGAGACUAGAGGAAAAUGUUAGAGGCUGGGGGAAGCAUGUGCAGGAGUUACAAAAAAGGCUCACUGCAACAACAGCUCAGUCAGUUGCCUCGUUGACGCGGAAACGCAAAUCGAAUGAACUUUCGCCCUUUGACGAAGGUCCUGAUAAACUCUGUCAUAUCUCUGACGAACGCAUGGCGAAACUCAACAAUUACAUAGAUGAUAAUCAUAUCGUUUUGUUGCGAAGUCCACCGGGUUCAGGCAAGACAACGCUUAUCGAUCUCUUCGGAAAACACCUAGAAAAAAAAGGCUAUACGGUUGUGUGCAUUACGAUGCUCGACUUAUUGGAGAAGUCAGGACAUCAGGAUCCCAUCUCUUUCGACACUUUCUGGGAGGAACGCACAGGGACGAAGUGGACUGAUUGCUACAAUUGUAGUGUCAUAAUGUACGUACUGAUUGAUGAAGCGCAAAUCCUUUACGGCAAGGUGACGUUCUUUUGGAAUAGACUGAAAUUACUAAUGCAACACAACACGAGCAAUUGCAAUCUGCGCUUGAUGCUUUUGAGCAUGUAUGACGAUCCAACGAACAUCGAAGGCACGCCUAUCACAUUCAAUGCUACUCUCGGACUAGAGGACCUGCGCUUGUUGUCGAAUGAGUUCACCAUAGUAGUAGACAGGUUUUGCAAAAGUUUCGAUUCUUCCAUUCCUAUUACUAUAUCAGAAACCGUCAAGGAUGCCGUUUUUAAUUCAACUCGUGGGCAUCCUGGCCUUGUCCGACGCACAUUGUCACUCUUACAGUAUGAAUAUCGUCGUGGUCAUGUCGAAGAAUCUCAACUGCUUCGUUACCUGGUCUCUGCGAGCUAUUGGUCUACGAUCAAAAAUGCGCGGCCAUUCACGUGGCUGCAUGACUGGCAGCCAGAUGAUGAGACAAUUAGAUUCCUGCGGAAGGUAUUCUACGAAAUUAAUAUUGAGUCAACCUUUUCUGUGGAUUGGCGCGACCCUGCCCAGGCAAGUAUCUCGAGAAAGCUCAAAAGGUCAGGAUUGAUUACUGAAACAGGGGAUCCAAGUCGAUGGCAGUUUGCUGCUCCACUUGUACGUAUUAUUAUGGGACAUAAACUAUUCACCAUGCCUCCAUGGCAAUCAUAUAAAUACACGCCUAUUAGAAAGAGCCUGGCAAAUGGAGCUGCAACUACAGCCAUGCCAACAAAUGCAACGAUCAGCCCAGAUGUUGGACAGGUUUUCGGCUCUGCUGGAUUUCUCGACUUUUUUGUCAAUGGUGAUUUAGGUUGGGCAGUGGAACUUAUGCGAGAAGGUCAGAGGAUGACAGAUCAUGUUGGUCGUUUUUCUGAUGGAGGCACAUAUUCAUGUAUUCCUUUCACGAACUGGGCUAUUGUCGACUUCCGACACAAUGCCAACAUGCCCAAAACCCUGCAGCCGAACGUUUGGUAUGCAUUGUAUGCAGACAAUUAUCAAACUAUCACCAUCAGACGUCAAAAUAAAGAAGAUCGAACUCUAACUCUAAAGGGUGAUGAUCUUGCUUUCUCUUGGGAAGUGUGA